CCGGUAGAACGAUGCUACAAUGAGCAGCUUCUUAGACUACUCAGUGAUGAGCGGUGAAGGUGGCUCCUGCUCUGUCAGGGCUUUCCACUCAGACCACGGGAUUACAACUUUCCAGUCGUGCGCGGUGAGUGUCAACAAUUGCGGCGCGGAUGAGCGUUUCAUGGCGAGCAGGGCUUCCCCUGACAUAAUCCCUCACCAGCCCGGGUCAUACCAGACUACCGCGAGCUCUCUGGGUCUCGCUUAUGGGGCCCAUCCGGCCUGCAGCUCCAGCUAUGCACCUCAAAGUUUCUGCACUACGUAUAACCAUUACGCGCUCAACCAGGAAGUAGACUCCGCAGCAGGUUUCCCCCAGUGCGGCCCACUGAUGUACUCUGGUAACCUUUCCUCCUCCAUGGUCUCUCAGCAUCGCCAAGGUUACAGUGCAGCACCCCUGGGUCAGCUGCAGUAUGCCCACGCCGCAUAUGGCGGCGGGCACGAGCAAGCAACCCCUUUUCCUGGGUGCUCGAACUCGCUGUCACCUCUGCACGCGGCUCACCUGGAUACAUGUUGCUCACCUCUGUCUGAAGGAGCAUCUUCUGCACAGACCUUCGACUGGAUGAAAGUCAAGAGGAACCCACCAAAGACAGGAGGCAGGUCCGGGGAGUACGGCUAUGGGGGUCAGCCCAACACGGUCAGGACCAACUUCACCACGAAGCAGCUGACGGAGUUGGAAAAAGAGUUCCACUUCAACAAGUACCUGACACGAGCCCGGCGAGUUGAGAUCGCGGCCGCGCUUCAGCUGAAUGAGACUCAAGUCAAAAUCUGGUUCCAGAACCGUAGAAUGAAGCAGAAGAAGAGGGAGAAAGAAGGGCUGAUGCCGGCCAAAGCUGCACCCUCAGACCCGGGAGAGAGGGUUCAAGAUAAAAUGGACGAUGCAGAGUCAGAGAAGUCAAUCUCAGCACCCUCUACUCCGUCUCCUACAUCCUCCACUGUCUCCUCGACAGGCGCUGAUCCUUACUCCUCCAGCUAAACUGCCUUGUUACCUCUUUGGGCCACAGGCGGCCUGUCUAUAUCAAAGCUCAUAACCAGUGUACCAAAGCCAAAGUCAUGGUGGAUGGAGAGCAUUUGUGGACCUUUAGGAUGGGUUAAUGGAGUAUUUAGGAUUUUUGGACAGCAAUGUGGACCACUUUUGAGUGAAAGAUUUGUUAUAUAUUGUGUACUAUGUUCACAAAACGCUUUUUUUUGCUGUCCACCAAAUGUAGGUCAUGUGUGUAUUUUUUUUAUUUGAAACCUACGUUGAAUAUGCGUUACAUCACGACUAUGUGUACUUUAUCAGACCUGUUUCCGAUCAUUGUUGCUUCAAAGUCAGAAGUCUGCACACCUAAACAAAUACCUCAAAUGUGCCAAAGUUGUUUGUCAUGGCCCCGGCCUGGCUUAUUGCACUGGAUGUCCCUAAUUAGGCAUUCCACAAUCAAAGAGAUGACCUCGUGUAUAUAUCCUUAUAGAGUACAUUCUUAUUUUACACCCUUAAUCACUUUAACCGUUGUGUAUAGGGCGAGUGUGUGUAUGUGCGUCUGUCUGAAUGCCCAGUUGUGUGAGAUUGCAUGACGCGUAAUGCUUUCAUGUAUUAUUUGCAGGGCGCUGAGUUUUAUCAGUUGAGGAGCCGGUCAUGGCCAUGUCUGUUCCAUACCUUUGUGUGUUGUCUGUAUAAUCUAGUGGAGCACUAUGUUUAGUCCAGAGAGACGUUUACGGGUCAAUCAUGUGUAUUAAAGUGCGUUUCCCU